GGGCCGAGCCUGACAAACCGGACCGUGAAGCUUUGCGUUUUCUCUUUCCAGCCGGCCGAGCGAUGGGUAUCUCUCGGGACAACUGGCACAAGCGCCGCAAGACUGGGGGCAAGAGAAAGCCCUACCAUAAGAAGCGGAAGUAUGAACUGGGCCGCCCUGCCGCCAACACUAAGAUCGGCCCCCGUCGCAUUCAUACAGUGCGCGUGAGAGGAGGCAACAAGAAGUACCGGGCCCUGAGGCUGGACGUGGGCAACUUCUCCUGGGGCUCCGAGUGUUGCACUCGCAAAACCAGGAUCAUCGACGUCGUCUACAAUGCCUCCAACAACGAGUUGGUGCGCACCAAGACCCUGGUGAAGAACUGCAUCGUGCUCAUCGACAGCACCCCGUACCGACAGUGGUACGAGUCUCACUAUGCACUGCCCCUGGGCCGCAAGAAGGGGGCCAAGCUGACUCCUGAGGAGGAGGAGAUCUUGAACAAAAAGCGGUCCAAGAAAAUCCAGAAAAAAUAUGAUGAAAGGAAAAAGAACGCCAAGAUCAGCAGUCUUCUGGAAGAGCAGUUCCAGCAGGGCAAGCUGCUGGCCUGCAUUGCAUCAAGGCCAGGUCAGUGUGGUCGAGCAGAUGGCUAUGUGCUAGAGGGCAAGGAGCUGGAGUUCUACCUAAGGAAAAUCAAGGCCCGAAAAGGCAAAUAAAUCCGCCCUUGUGUAAUAAAGCUGUUUAUUCUA